AUGCCGAUAUCGCGCCCAGCUCGAAUCUGUCACGUUCCUGUGGGUAUACCGAGCCACGCGGGGUGCGCUAGCAACGCCUACGCCGACGCCGCGGCGACUGCAUACAUGGGGGCCAGCGAGAUUGAGGAUGCCACCUCCGUCAUCCGAGGAGCAGUGAGGACACGCCCGUGCCUAUACACGGACCGCCGGAGGACGGCAGGCGGAGAGUGGAGGGGAGACGUACUGGACCGGAGGACCUAUUACGCCACACGCGGCCACACGAACGAGUGGGUGCGAGGACGGCUCGGCGAGGGGCUCACGGCGGGGUCGCACACGGCGGGGGUGCCUGGGCCGCUGUGGAGCGAUGUGGUCAGGGGAACGACGAGACACAAAUGGGACACGCGUCAGCGGAUCAAGGAUCAGCACGGCGAGCGUGAGAUACAAUUCGCCGACGUGGAUGAUCACGUCAUGGGAGCGCGGGUGCGGCAGCAGGCGGGGGUGCCACACGGAGCGCACCACGAGAGGAUCAUGCAGGGAGAGGCGGGGAGAGAGACCCCGGGCGCCGCCACGAGGAGCGAACUCAGGGGCUGCCUCGUAUGUAAGGCCGCGAGGGACGCGGCGAGGAGGGCGGCACUAAAGCGGGACCCGCUGUGUCCGAUCGUGCGGAAAGCCGCGCAGCAAUGGACCGAGGAAGAUGAGAACCCGCCUAGGGCGACAAUGGCGCACUUGCUUAGCGGCGCCUGCCUGGGGAAUAGGGAGCAGGCCAGAUGGUUCCUCAGAGUAGCGCGAGCGCAGACGGGGACGGCGAUCAGCAAAGUAGCACAGGCGGCACCCGACUCCAAGGAUACACUGAAGACGCUGAGGAUAGCGCAUGUCGCUGCGCUGAAGGGCUCACGCUAUAGGGUGCUGGAUGAGGACGGGUACGAGGCACUAGCCCCAGCCGUCGGGGGGGUGUUGCCAGCACUGGUAGAUGACCUCUCGGAGAAGAGCCGGAGGGACCUUGGCGCCGGGGUCACGAGGAACUUGCAAGUCGUGGCCGAGGCGGCGACGGGAGCGGUGCAGAGGUGGAUCCAGUUCAACGAUGAGGCUACCGCGCGCAUAAUGAAGAGAGAGGAACACAUUGAGUGGCUGAGGAAGCUCUUCGCUGGGUGGAAGGAGGCCCGGCCAGCCUUGAGGGAGUCGCGGAGGAGGAGGGAUAACAGAGGUAACGUGGGGACGGGCCAACAGCCAGUGGGACGAACGAGGACGGUCGCAUUUGCGCGAGGCGAGGCGAGCAUUCAGACGCGUUGCAUGCGCCAUGACUCGCGCCAGCGCGUGCGGGAGCUCCUGGCUGAGCGUUGA